ACGCACAACGUGUCCCAACUACGUAUUUUUUUGUUUUGUUGUUGUUGCCUGUUUGGGAUUCCUUCUUGGAUGGCCUGUAACAAAGAUUGUAUCUGUACUGGGUUGAGUCUAUCAAAUAAACAAGAACAGCGUGGGGCUAAGUGAGAAAACAGCGUAUAAAUACGCAUGUAUAUAUUUUUUUACGGCUCAUACUAGUGCACCCACAUCACUGCAGCAAGCAGGCGAAACUCAGGUGGUGGGGCAAUGUUUACACUGACAUCCUCCUGACCAGUCCAACAGUUACCCAGGCCCCCCUCCCAUUCCCCACCUCUACCCCUUCCACAAACUUUCCACCCUUCACUAUGAAUGAGGCCAGCGUAGUCAGGGAAGGAUGGCUCCACAAGAGAGGUGAGUACAUCAAGACUUGGAGGCCGCGCUACUUCAUCCUGAAGAGUGACGGCUCCUUCAUCGGCUACAAAGAGAAGCCUGAGCUGUCCGACCAGAGCUUGCCCCCUCUCAACAACUUCUCAGUGGGAGAAUGCCAGCUGAUGAAAACGGAGCGGCCCAAGCCGAACACCUUCGUUAUCCGCUGCCUGCAGUGGACCACUGUCAUCGAGAGGACCUUCCACGUAGAAAGCAAUGCAGAGAGAGAGGGGUGGAUGCGUGCCAUCCAGGCGGUGGCCAAUGGGUUGAAGGUACGAGAGGAGGAGGAGCCCAUGGACCUGUUUGGUUCUCCCAGCGACAGCAGCAGCAUUGAGGAGAUGGAGGUGGCCAUGUCCAAGACCAACUCUAAAGUGACGAUGAGUGACUUUGACUACCUGAAGCUGCUGGGGAAGGGCACGUUUGGCAAGGUGAUCCUGGUCAAGGAGAAAGCCACGGGGAUGCACUACGCCAUGAAGAUCCUGCGCAAGGAGGUCAUCAUCGCUAAGGACGAGGUAGCGCACACGGUUACGGAGAGCAGAGUGUUACAGAACACCCGGCAUCCCUUCCUCACGACACUGAAAUACGCUUUCCAGACUCAUGACCGAUUAUGUUUUGUGAUGGAAUACGCCAACGGAGGAGAGCUCUUCUUCCACCUGUCUCGGGAUCGUGUGUUCACGGAAGACCGGGCCCGUUUCUAUGGCGCUGAGAUCGUAUCUGCGUUGGAGUACCUCCACUCUCGUGACGUGGUAUACAGGGACCUGAAGCUGGAGAAUCUAAUGCUGGACAAUGACGGACAUGUUAAAAUCACAGACUUUGGGCUGUGUAAGGAGGGCAUCACGGACGGUGCCACCAUGAAGACCUUCUGCGGUACCCCGGAGUACCUGGCGCCGGAGGUGCUGGAGGACAAUGACUACGGCCGGGCAGUGGACUGGUGGGGCCUGGGCGUGGUUAUGUACGAGAUGAUGUGCGGUCGGCUGCCCUUCUACAAUCAAGACCACGAGCGGCUUUUUGAGCUCAUCCUCAUGGAGGAGAUCCGAUUCCCCAAGAACCUGGCCCCAGAGGGCAGGGCCCUGCUCAGCGGCCUGCUCAAAAAGGAUCCCAAGCAAAGGUUAGGGGGAGGACCGGAUGAUGCCAAAGAAGUGAUGUCCCACAAGUUCUUCACCUCCAUCAACUGGCAGGACGUGGUAGAUAGAAAGCUGACUCCGCCCUUCAAGCCUCAGGUGACGUCAGAGACUGAUACACGUUACUUCGACGACGAGUUCACGGCACAGACCAUCACCGUCACGCCUCCAGACAAGUAUACCAACCUGGACUGUGGCAUCCCCAACCAGCCAGCACACUUCCCCCAGUUCUCUUACUCUGCCAGCAUACGAGAGUGACCCCGUCUUUACCAUACACACUGAAGAUAUGCAUAGCGCAUCAGUUCACACUCUCAUCCACACACACACACACACACACUUUCUUGUAAAAAAAAAAGACUGCAAGCUUGAGACUCCACAGGCCAAUGGAUCUCUGGUCACAGCGGGGAUUUAAGUGCCUAGUCUUGCAGCCAUCUUGUCUGCUCAAACCCCGUCUACACUACAGUCACGCACAACAGCAGCCUGUGAACUGCACAGGACCUCAGUCAAUACCUCAUAUCGUCAACAUCAGCAGCAGUAGCAUAUCAUCCAGGACACUACUGCUCCUCACUGGAAGGUCUAGUACAGGGCUGCCCAUCCCUCUUCCUGGAGAUCUACCGUCCUGUGGGUUUUCAGUUCAACCCUCUUCCUGGAGAUCUACCGUCCUGUGGGUUUUCAGUUCAACCCUAAUUUAAAACACCUGAUUCUACUAAUUAGCUGCUCAACAAGACCUUAACUAGCUGAAUCAGAACGGCUAAAUUAGGGUUGGACUGAACCUGCAGGACAGUAGAUCUCCAGGAAGAGGGUUGGGCAGCCCUGGUCUAGUACCUAUAGGUGGUCCUAUAGGACACUACUGCUCCUCACAGGGAGGACUAGGACCUAUAGGUGCUAGUAGUGUCCUAUAGGAGGACUAGGACCUAUAGGUGCUAGUAGUGUCCUAUAGGACACUACUGCUCCUCACAGGGAGAACUAGGACCUAUAGGUGGUCCUAUAGGACACUACUGCUCCUCACAGGGAAGACUAGUACCUAUAGGUGAUCCUAUAGGACACUACUGCUCCUCACAGGGAGGACUAGGACCUAUAGGUGAUCCUAUAGGACACUACUGCUCCUCACAGGGAGGACUAGGACCUAUAGGUGAUCCUAUAGGACAUUACUGCUCCUCACAGGGAGGACUAGGACCUAUAGGUGGUCCUAUAGGACACUACUGCUCCUCACAGGGAGGACUAGGACCUAUAGGUGGUCCUAUAGGACACUACUGCUCCUCACAGGGAGGACUAGGACCUAUAGGUGGUCCUAUAGGACACUACUGCUCCUCACAGGGAGGACUAGGACCUAUAGGUGGUCCUAUAGGACACUACUGCUCCUCUGAUUUGGAUGGAAUUGAGACACUGAUCUCUUACACUCAGUUUUCUUUCUUUCUUAUCCUCGCUCUCUCAUUUUUGUUCUGUGUCUGUCGCUCCCUCUUUUCCCCUCUCUGUACCCCCUCGUCCUUCUCACGCUAACCCACUCACUCACACUGCUGGGUAGAAGAAAAAAAACACUGAACUGAUUCUUGUUUUCACAAAUGAGAAAGAAAAGUUUUCUCUCACUCUCUCAUUGUUACAGUUUAUAAGGAGUCAUAUUUCUGUGAUUUAUCCAAGUGCUCUUUUCUGUAACUAGCUGUUACCAAUAGUGUUGAAGUGGUCCUACUGGAGGGGGGCAGGGCGGUCGUGGUAAACUAUGAAGCUGUUUCUCUGUCAAUGUGUUUGUGUGCUUGGAGAAAAGGUGGGACAACCAAAACUGAAUGUCUGCAUUUUGUGUUUGUAUGUGUGCGUAUGUCAGUGAAGUCGUGUGAGCGCUCAAAUGUAAGCGACCUUGACGUGCAUUGGUAUCAGUAGAAUAAUUAACGACAUCACACAACAGAGUUUUUCCGACUCGGAGCUCAAAAACCUACUCUGUAUUUCCAAAAAGCGAUGCAGGAGGGAGUACUACUUUAACUGUAAAAUUCAGUGAAAUGAAUUAGUAUUGCGCUUUUUAUGACUGGGAUCGUUGUGAACAGAACACAAAGUUGCUACAGAGAAAAUGUAUGAAUGAAUUACUGUACAAGGUGUGUAGGUACGGAUUUGUAAACCCUGUUUUUAGUUCAGGACUUGUCUCAACACAUCUGGUCUUUGAUCAAGAGGCACCAGGCAUGUGAUUUACAACGGUCGACUAGCACUUAGUUACUUAAGCAGACCUCUUUACUCGAAUUAUGAGAUUUGUAUGUUUUAUUCUUGUUAUUUUGUUGCUUCGUUUCCUUUUUCAAAUGUCAUAAACGUCUGCUGUACUAUCAAAAAUGUCCGCACAGGUGGUGUUGAGUGGAUCAGUGACGGGGCUCCGUUCUGGCCACAACAUCAGGUGUGUGUUGAAUGUAGUGAUCACGCCUGCUCCUCUUCGUAUGCUGUCUGACUGCUGACAGUCACUGGUCAACGAGAUCCAGGUUUUUCUCUGUCCUGAUAGUCAUGUGAGCCUUGAGUCCAUUGUGUGCCAUUUGGAAAUAGUUUCUGAGAAUAACUAUUAUUGUUUUUUUUUUUUUUGUCUAGUUCUGUUGUUUUCCACCUCACUGUUUCCCUGACCCCUUUUGAAGACAUAGCUACUCAUUCAACAUUCAUAAAUGUUUAAUUCAAUGAAAUAUUAUUUCAAUUUAAA